AUGUCAAAGACAACUCUGGACAAAGCAAAUGAUUUACCGGAUACGUUGCCGCUUGGAACAAGUUUCAACAUCCCGCCAGGGCCGAACAUACUUGUCGACGAUUUAUCUUCGGACUCUUCUUUGACCGAUCUGGAUAGCGAUCUUGAUUUUUCCGACAGCCUCGACUUCGAUGACGAAAAUAGUGAAAAUAAUGUUCAUGAUGGCCGGGAGCCCGACAUAGAUGAAAAUCUGUAUCCGACGCCCAAGGAUUCACCUACCAAAAGCCCGCAUUUUCCGUCCGUCGAUAAUGCGCCUGCUCCCUCGGCCAGGUCAAAGCUUGAUAUCUUGCCUGGGACGAACUCGGCAAACGUGCCUCGUGCCAAAAGACCAAGAAUAUCCCCAUAUUUCCCUCAGACCCCUGAAAUCAUUCCGUCCUGUCUUCCUUUUCCUCCCGUCGACGCGCCAUCCUUUGGCCUGAUUCAGGAGCAACUUGCACACGACCCUUUCAGAUUAAUUAUUGCCACGAUUUUCUUGAACAGAACGCGGGGUGCUGUUGCUCUGCCCAUUUUGUUCAAGGUCUUUGAACAAUAUCCGACCGUCGAGGCUAUGGCAUCCGCGAAGGCGACAGAGUUUGUAUCCUUGAUUCAUUGUCUUGGUUUUCAGAACCAGCGAGCCCGCAAGUGUAUAGCAAUUGCCCAAAUCUGGCAGAGUGAGCCGCCUUCGAAGAACAAGCGAUACCGUAAGCUUCAUUACCCUCAGAAAUAUGAUGGACGAGAUGUUGCUCUGGCGCAAUGUCUCGAUGAUGAAGAUCCUCGGGUCGCGUGGGAAAUUGCGCACUUACCUGGGGUCGGUGCGUACUCUUUGGAUAGCUGGCGCAUCUUUUGUCGAGACGAGCUUCGCGGUCUGGCCCAGGAUUGGAAGGGGACGGGCGCAACAGAGCCCGGCUUCGUUCCUGAGUGGAAGUCUGUGCUCCCUCAAGAUAAAGAAUUGCGUGCUUACUUGACUUGGAUGUGGCUUAAAGAAGGUUGGGUGUGGGAUUGCCAUACAGGUGAUCUGUCUCCGGCUGGGGAUAAAACCCGUCGUGCGGCCCAUCGAGAGGGAGUUGCGCACGAACAAGACGGCAAUUGGGUGCUUCAGACAUCCCCGGUCAAGAAAUCAUUGAACGGAUUGCAUGCAGCAAACUAA